UACCACGCUUUCAGUAUAAUGUACUACAUUUUGCAAUACUUUUAUCAUAGUAUACCACAGGAAGGAAAUGUAAGGACUGGGCAAUUGGUGUGAAGUUUAAGGGGGUGCUGCUGUGGUCAAGGGACAGUUUGAGGUGAAGUCAGGAUUUCUUACUAAACCACAGGGGUCAUGAAGUGACUGAAGGACUAAAACCGAUGAUCUGUGUUUAUAGAGCAUGUGGAGGCGUCAACAGACUGGAUCUUAAUAUAGAAGCCCAGUUUCCAGGCUUUCCAAUUCUGGUUUUCAGGAUAAUACUCUGGGAUUAUCCUAAUGGUAUUUUUCAUACUGGUCUGAAUCCAGUACUUGAGUGUUGUGCCUCAUAAGGGACGGUUCCUCUGAAAGCUCAGGUAGGUGUCCAGGGAUUUCAGUAUGCCAUCCAGGGACACUAAGAAUCAGAUGCAAUGUGUGGCACAGCAUUGCACAACCACUGGGUCCACAGCCAUGAAGAAACACAACCUCUCAAAACAUCGAAGCACACUUUUGCUGCCUGGAUCAGACAAUAUUUCUGCAAAGCCACACAACAGGGAGAGAUUUACUAAACUUGUGCUCCAGGGCAAAGUUUGCUCCUUUUUUUCUGUGUGGAAUCGACAACAAAUAUUUGGAACUAAUAAAAAGCACACUCAGAUAUAGGCAGCUCUAAAUUAAACUGUGAGCUGUUUAUUUCUGGUUUUGAAGCAUUAAUAGUUUCUCAUUGGUUGUCAGUCAGUAUUAAAGGAGUGGUAGCCAAGAUUUUGAAUUUAUUUUCUUAUUAGCAAUGGCACUGCCCCCACUUUAAUUAUCCUGGAGUCUUUAUUGUGUUUGUAUACAUCACUGUGGAAUAUGCACAGAUAUCUCAGAGACAGUGCUAUACUUGAAAAGUUGCUCCUGCUUCCAUGUACUAAAUGUGUUGAAGUUCAAAUAACUUCUAUCAGAUCAUGUGACCUACACCAAGCUGUAUAGUGUUGUAUCUGAAAUAUUUAAACAUCCUGAAAUAACCUCAGGAAGAACCAAGAUAGGAUCAUCUCAAUAACAGAGGAAACAGUUACAAUGCUACUAAAGCUAAUAAUUUGAUUCUAAAGCAUCGGUUGGAACUAAUUUGGUUUUAUAAACAUUUUACUUGUUGGAUCAAUACAGAUUUUAUAAAGACAGUUCUUGUUGCCCAAGAGGGGGCAAUCCAACCAAUUGUUUGUAAUGGAUAUGUGAUUCACUAAUCCAUGCUUGAAGCGGAUAUGUGAUUCACUAAUCCAUGUCAGUCACACUUUUUGUCUGUUGAGGAGUGAUUUUCUGAAGGCUUUUGUCAGAUACGUUUGUCAGCUGUUAUUCUAAUACAAAAACUUGAUACAGAAGGUGCAGUUCACUAAUGUCUAAUUAGAAAUGUAAAUAUCACUUAGUCUCUAAUGAACAAUUUCCCUGCUGUGCUUUUCUCAGCGGCAGUAAACACCUCAGUCUAGGACCUUUUAUCAUUCUUUCCCAUUCACUUUUCACAAGUAGGUCUUCGACAUAGAUUUCUGGAAACAUGAAGCCAGCAGAUUGCAUAAACAUGCACUCCUGUUUGAAUCAGGUAGGGAGUUUUAGAAGGAAUCCUAUCAUGCAGGCAGGCAUGCUGAGUCUCAUUCAUAUGGAGUGAGAAGCUUUUGGCCUUGGUCACGAUGCAUUUUAUUAGAUUUUUCUUUCUUUUAAAUCUCACUCAUUUGAAUGAUCUGACCUUGAGCUGACUUGUAUAGAUGAGGAUUGGACUGAAAUAAUGAACUGAAACAUAUUACUAAAACUCUCCUUUGAAAGCUUUAUUGGGUGGAGGUAGAACUGAGAUUGUUGUGCCUGGUGUUGUCAUGGUUGCCAGUGCUGUAUCCGUAGCUACGAGGGAGGCCCCCAGACAGGCAGCAAUAACUCUAGAGCCUAAUUAGGCACAGCAUUUAUUUACAUAUCUUACACAACUGUGUCAUAUUCAGUGAUUUGUUUUUAGUGCUUUUUACUGUAAAUGAGCUCAAUAUUUUGACUAGUAUGUUCUCUAAUAAUAGAAUACUCUUCUUUGCUAUCGCACAAUUAAGGCAGGGGAUCACAGGCAGUGUAGUCUAGUGGCUAAAGCAAAGGCCUAGCUCAGCAGCUGAUACACUUUGUCACACCUAGAUAUUGAGGUAGUGUGAGGUAAUAAUCAUUAGGCAUCACUGCAAGGAGCUCCUGGAAAGAAAAGCCCCAACAAAGAGCCAGACAGACAUCCUCAUAUGAAACAACCCAGCCAACCACUAGAUUGAGUUCAUUACACAAUGCAGAUGCACUACAGUGACAAGGCAAUGGGGUCUGUGUGUUGGGCCAAGUGCAGAUGCAAUGGUAUAAGCCAUUGGUUGAAUGGAAGCACAACGGUAGCAUUUUCAUAUCGAUGUUUGUUUUUAAAUGGCAGUUGAGAGGGGGGUUUCUGUGAGGUGUCGGGGAUGAGGCAACCUGAACUCUGAUCCUCUUCCCUGUGUUCUAGCUCUGCCCUCAGCUCAGAGUAGUGUGCUGACAAGAUGACUGGGCAGAUGAACAUCGAGAGCAAUGACCUUUCCAACCACAGGCUGUCCGUCAAGACUACCACAGAUGAGGAGCUGGAGCGUAUGGACAACACCCUCAGCAGGGCCCAGUCCAUGUGUGAUGACACCUCCUCAGAGCUGCAGAGGGUGGCCUCACUGGACCCCAAUGGGCUGCACUCCCAGAACUCCUUCCAAGGGAGGGGGGCGCUCUCAAGGCUGGUGCGGAUGGUGGUGACGUUGAGGGAGUGGGCUCACAAAAGCCUGCAGGAGGAGGAGCAGCGGCCAGACUCCUUCCUUGAGCGCUUUCGAGGGCCGGAGCUGCGGGCCAUUCCCAGCCGGGUCAGCAACUCCCAACAGGACCAAGAGAAGAGCGACAGCAAGGGAAAAGACAAAAAAAAGAAGGAAGUGUUUGUGCUGGACCCUGCUGAGAAUCUUUACAACCACUGGCUCUUAAUAAUCGCCAUUCCUGUGCUCUAUAACUGGUGCAUGCUGAUAGUUCGGGCCUGUUUUGAUGAUCUGCAAACUGAAAACUACAUUCUUUGGCUGGUUCUGGAUUAUGUUUCGGAUGCCCUCUACAUUAUGGACACUUUUGUUCGGCUCCGCACAGGUUUCCUCGAGCAGGGGCUGAUGGUAAAGGACCUGGCCAAGCUUAGGGACAGCUACAUCCACACCCUGCAGUUCAAGCUGGACGUGAUCUCCAUCUUGCCAACAGACCUGGCUUACAUCGCCACGGGCAUCCACACCCCUGCGAUUCGCUUCAACCGCCUUCUGCGCUUUCCCAGGAUGUUUGAGUUCUUCGACCGGACAGAGACGCGCACCAACUAUCCCAACAUUUUCCGCAUCUGCAAUCUGGUGCUCUACAUCCUGGUUAUCAUCCACUGGAAUGGCUGCAUCUACUUUGCUAUCUCCAAGGCCUUUGGCAUAGGGUCGGACACCUGGGUCUUUCCCAACUUUACAGACCCCACUUACGGCAGACUGACUCGAGAGUACAUCUACUGUCUGUACUGGUCUACUCUCACACUCACCACUAUUGGAGACAUGCCAGCCCCGGUCAGGGAUGAGCAGUAUUUGUUUGUCGUUUUUGAUUUUCUGGUUGGGGUCUUGAUCUUUGCCACUAUUGUGGGAAAUGUCGGAUCCAUGAUCUCUAACAUGAACGCCACAAGAGCGGAAUUCCAGGCCAAGAUCGACUCUAUCAAACACUACAUGCAGUUCCGCAAAGUGAGCAGAGAGAUGGAGGCCAGGGUCAUCAGGUGGUUCGACUACCUCUGGACCAACAAAAAGACUGUGGACGAAAGGGAGGUCCUCAAAAGCCUGCCAGACAAGCUCAGGGCUGAAAUAGCCAUCAAUGUCCACCUGGACACCUUAAAAAAGGUUCGUAUCUUCCAAGACUGUGAGGCCGGGCUUUUGGUGGAGCUGGUUUUGAAACUGAGGCCUCAGGUUUUCAGUCCUGGGGAUUACAUCUGCCGGAAAGGGGACAUUGGAAAAGAGAUGUACAUUAUUAAGGAGGGGAAAUUGGCCGUGGUAGCUGAUGAUGGGGUCACCCAGUACGCCCUCUUGACAGCCGGAAGCUGCUUUGGGGAGAUCAGCAUCCUCAACAUUGAGGGUAGCAAGAUGGGCAACAGGAGGACAGCCAAUAUCCGGAGCAUCGGCUACUCUGAUCUCUUCUGCCUCUCUAAGGAUGCUCUGAUGGAGGCACUCACUGAGUAUCCAGAUGCUAAGAAGGUGCUGGAGGAGAGGGGCCGGGAGAUCCUGGUAAAAGAAGGACUGCUGGAUGAGUCAGCUGGGAAAGGGGGGGUGGGGGAGGUGGAGGUGGAGGAGAAGAUAGAGAGGCUGGAGUCCUCCUUGGACAACCUGCAAACACGCUUUGCCCGGCUGAUGACGGAGUACAACUCCACCCAGCUUAAGCUGAAGCAGAGGAUCACCUUCCUUGAGAGGAGGGUCAAGUACCUGGGCAGUGGGUACCUCUCUGAUGGGCUGGACAGUACCAAUGACACUGAUGGAACCCGCAGUAAGGGCAUGCAGUGACCCUCCCUCCUGACCAAUUAACUUUAUCAAAUGCUUUUAUUGAUUACUUUCAGUUGUAGGCUGAGACUGUUGGAAGGUCUGCUAUCCUAUGUAACCUGCACAAGACGUAAUCACUACAUAAACAAUGCAAAAAAUACAUGUGAAAUAUUUGGCCAGUAGAAUCUGAAAGUUAUGAACACAUAGGGAAUGGAAGAUGUUCAUAACAAUGACAUGUUUGUAACUCUGAAACUGGUACUAUUUUCAAUGAUUGUAUGUAUGUGUACUGUAUUAAUAUAAGGUCUACAUCUUUAAUAUGAUAAAUAAUAAGUUAAAAACAAAAAAUAAGACAGGAGAGCUGUGUUUAACUUGUUUUUUUUUUAUAAAUCAGAGUUCAUCAUUUGGGAUUUAAAAUACUAAUGUAUCAUAGUUUUUCUCCACUUCAUACUCAACUGUAACUUACAUUAUCGUAAAUUACCUCACCUAAAGGUCACUUGAACCAUAGUGAUCUUAAGACAGAUUUGGCAACUUACGUAACUUACCUUGUUUAAACAUGUAUACUUGAGCCUUACUCUUGUGUUGGAAUUACAGCCUUGUAUCACAUGUAUGAGCAUCUAAGAUCUGAAUAAUGAAUACUGUAUAAAAUGUAGCGAUCAGGACUGCCUUUAACUGCUUUUUUGUUUGUUUGUUUGUUCGCGUUUUAAUUUCUGCAUUUUGCAACCAUUUCUAUACAACUAUAUUAGUUACAAUAGUGUUCAUUUGGUUCGAUAAAGGGCUAGCAACUAAAUUAGACCUCUUGUAGUUUCCAAAAAAUCUCUAUAAGGGAAACUUGUAAAAUAGCAACAUGAACAUUUUAAUAUCAGGGUAGAAUAGUUCAAAAUCUAUCAAAUAUUCACCCCAUAAAUCAGAUCUCAAGGUUACUGUGAAAAAUACUGGCCAGAGGAACAAAUGUUCCCAGGGCGUGUUUGCAAUGUGUAUACCUGCAUCACAGACGUUUUCUAAAUAUUGAGCACUGGAUUAUUCAUUUGAGUGAAGCCUUAUCUGGCAGGGUUAAUCUAUUUUUGCAAAACGCAAAUUGAGUUAUUCUUCAUUAUUCUUGACAACUUUAUUUUGUUGGAAUACAUUUAAAUAAAAAAAUGUGUUCCUAUUGUAAA